GCGGCAAGAAGCAUCUUCUUCUUCUCCCUUAUCCUUAAACUCUCCAAACUCAAAGCUAAAUCCCCCCUAUUCCUCUGCACAAAUUCCUAUCCAUUCCACCGCUUCUUCAAAAAAAAUGAGAGGCCAAGAUCCUCAAACAAAGGCCCUCAACGAUCUAUGGUCGAUGAUGGUCCACUGUUUCCGGCCGCCGCCUCUCUCCAUCUCCUUCCCCACCCUCUCUCCGCCGCAGUCGCCCACGGCAGCAUCGCGGCGCCUCCAGAUUUCCCCGACGGCCUUCGGCUUGCUCUUCAUUGGGAUUUCGAUGGCGCUGAUGCUAUUCGGAAUAGUCACUUUCUUGAUCGGAUUCGUGCUCAUGCCGCUCGUGAUCAUGCUGGUCACGCUCUUCUACUUUGCCGGGAUCGUGUCGAAGGUGUCGGAGAUCGGCCGGAGCAUCCUCUGGCCGAGCUCCGAUUGCUAUAAGGUCGCACCAGUGUGGAAUUACUCAAACUAAGACAGCAUUUUUUUUUAAUUUGUUUUCUUUUUGAAGCUAGUGACCAUGAUCUUUCUUUUUGAUGCUUAGUGGUCAUGAUCUUGAGUGUAGGACAACAUAUACUUUUUGUAAUAGUACUAUAGAGCAUUUCUUUGCAGACUAAGAAAUUUAUGUAAACUCCAAAUCUACUUAAAAUCAAGUUCUUGGCCAAAAAUACUCAUCUCAAUUCUAUAAUUUAGCAAGUCAAUUUCUACCCCAAGGGACCAAGUAAUUUGUGUUGGUGAAUUAAACAAAACAUAUAUUACAAAUAUCUCACACUUAUACAAAGAAAAAAUUAAAAUCACUGUAUAAGUUCCCUAGAUUAUUUCUUAUAUCACUAUUUGUUGAUUCUAGGAUGGAACUCAUUGAACUUAUAACAUGAUAGUAUUAGAUUGACCCAACAAUAUAGAUGGGCCAAAAAAUUCUUAUCCCUCAAUUAUACUAAGUUUUAUGGGCUUCUCCUCACAAUGUACCUCUUCUUUAAAAGGUUACCAUUUCCUAAAUCUCAAAAAAAAAAAAGCAAAAUGCCCUUCCUAAUCACAAUAUACUUUCCCUCAUACCUAAUUCUACCUUGUGCUCAACUCCACUCAACUUCUUCACUAAGAAACAUCACUAUAAGACAACAUAUAUCCCUACUUCUUUUAGCAGCCAACAUAGAAUAAGACAGUUUUGUGACAUCCAUUGCAAGACCCAAUCAUCAGCAAAAGAAGCUACCACAAGAGGCUGUAAAAACUCGAAGCUUCCCCAAUCCUACGCACGUAUCAGAGGCAGAGUAAGAGAGGAAAUGGGACCUGAUUGGGGGCCGGUGGCAGUGGCGGUGGGGCUGUUCAUCCUCCUAUCGCCGGGCCUGCUGUUCCAGCUCCCGGCCAGGGCGAGCUUCAUUGAAUUCGGCAACAUGUACACCAGUGGGAUCUCAAUCAUAGCACAUGCCAUUUUGUACUUCUGCAUCUACACACUCUUGGUUGUUGCUAUAGGAGUUCAUAUACAUGCUGAUUAGCUCCAUAGAUUUUACCAUUUUCUCACACUUGAGCUGUUCCUUUCUCUAUUCUUGCCAAUUUUUACAACAUAAUCAACUUCAAUUUUAUGUUA